AAGGACCUGUACAAGGAGGCCAUGAUGGAGGAGCAUCAGCCUCUUAUAUCACAAGAUGGAUCCAGGAGGAGAAAUCCCACCAAUCGAUGUCCACGGAAGGUCCCAGAGAACCUUCAGGAUGAAAAUCUGAUGGAUAUUAAGGUUAAGGUUAAAGAAAAAACAGAAGAGGAGACGGAUUUAUGGGGCGAUCAGCCGUAUGGAUCCAGGAGGAGAAAUCCACCAGAGAGAUGUCCCCGUCCUCUGUAUUCCCAGGACUGUCCAGAGGAGACGGUCCCAGAGGACCCUCAGGAUGAAAAUCUGAUUGAUAUCAAGAUUAUCGUUAAAGAUGAACCUGAAGAGGAGACGGAUGUAAUGGACGAUCUGCAAUAUGGACUCAUAGAAGGAAAUCCACCAGAGAGAUGUUCCCAAGAAGAGUGGAUGAUGGACGAUCCCCCCUGUAAGAGUGAGGUGGAGGAGGACAUUCCAGGAGAUGUCACCACAGAAAACCUGAAUACGAAUUCUGAUGGAAAGUUCAUGUUAUCGCUGAAUAUUAAAGCAGAAGAUGAAGAUAUCAUGCAGCACUUUUCAGAAGAAAACCUAAUUUCCUUUAACGUACAUUCUGGACUUCCCAGUACAGAUCGGUCAUAUAAUUCCACUAAUUAUGACUACCCUUGUCCUGAUAAAUCACACAUUGCUACCCCAAGUAGAGGUCAGAAAGAGGGUAACAGGUUUCACAGUAGUAAACCAUUUUCAAUGCUUUCAAUACAUAGCAGAAUUCACACAGGGGAGAAACCAUGGUCCUGUUCAGAAUGUGGAAAAUGUUUUACCCAGAAAUCAUAUCUUGUUAAACAUGAGAGAAGUCACACAGGAGAGAGACCAUAUUCAUGUUCAGAAUGUGGAAAUUGUUUUACACAAAAAUCAAGUCUUGUUAUACAUCAGAGAGGUCAUACAGGAGAGAAGCCAUAUUCAUGUUCAGAAUGUGGUAAAUGUUUUUCAUGUAAAUCAUAUCUUGCUAAACAUGGGAGAACUCACACAGGAGAAAAGCCGUAUUCGUGUUCAGAAUGUGGGAAAUAUUUUACAAGUAAAUCAAGUUUUGUUACACAUGGCAGAAUUCACACAGGAGAGAAGCCAUAUUCGUGUUCAGAAUGUGGGAAAUGUUUUGCACAAAGAUCAGGUCUUGUUACACAUGAGAGACGUCACACAGGAGAGAAGCCAUAUUCAUGUUCAGAAUGUGGGAAAUGUUUUAGAAUUAAAUCAUAUCUUGUUUCACAUGAGAGAAGUCACAAUGGAGAGAAGCCAUAUUUGUGUUCAGAAUGUGGGAAAAGUUUUACAGAUAAAUCAACUCUUGUUAUACAUAAAAGAAUUCACACAGGAGAGAAGCCAUAUUCAUGUUCAGAAUGUGGGAAAUGUUUUACACAUAAAUCAGGUCUUGUUAUACAUGAGAGACAUCACACAGGAGAGAAACCAUUUCCCCCGUGUAAGAGUGAGGUGGAGGAGGACGCUCCAGGAGAUGUCACCACAGAUCCCAGUAAGAAUUCUGAGGGAAACUUCAUGUUAUCGCUAACCUAUAAAGCAGAAGAUGAGGACAUCAUGCAGUGCUCUUCAGGAGAAAACCUCAUUACCUUUAAUGUACAUGCAGGACUUCACAGCACAGAUCUGUCAUAUAAUCCGCCUAAUCAUGAGGAACCUUCUCCUGACCAGUCACAUAUUGUUACCCCAAAUACAAGUCAGAAAUGGGGUCAAAGGUUUCAGGGUGUUGAACGGUUCAUAAAAAGCUCAGGCAUUUCUAAACAAGAAUAUGGUUCUGGUGGAACUCACACUGGGGAAAAGCCAUACUCCUGCUUAGAAUGUGGGAAAUGCUUUAAAGAGAAAUCAAGUUUUGUUACACAUGAGAGAAUUCACACAGGAGAAAAGCCAUAUUCUUGUUCAGAAUGUGGGAAAUGUUUUAGAAAUAAAUCACAUCUUGUUGCACAUGAUAGGAGAAUUCAUAAACGGGAAAAGCCAUAUUCAUGUUCAGAAUGUGGAAAAUAUUUUGCACAGAAAUCAAAUCUUGUUGCACAUGAGAGAAGUCACACAGGAGAGAAACCAUAUUCAUGUUCAGAAUGCGGGAAAUGUUUUACACAAAAAUCCGCUCUUGUUACACAUGAGAGAAGUCACACAGGAGAGAAGCCGUAUUCAUGUUCAGAAUGUGAGAAAUGUUUUGCAAUUAAAGCAAAUCUUCUUAGACAUAAGAGAAGCCACACAGGAGAGAAGCCAUAUUCCUGUUCAGAAUGUGGGGAAAUUUUUAUUACCAAAGCAAGACUUGGUCAUCAUCAGACAAUUCACAGAGGAGAAAAACCAUAUUCUUGUCCAGAAUGUGGGAAGUGCUUCACAGCUAUAUCAGAUCUUGUUAAACAUAAGAGAAUUCACACAGGAGAGAAGCCAUAUUCGUGUUCUGAAUGCGGGAAAUGUUUUACACAAAAAUCAACUCUGGUGACACAUGAGAGAAGUCACACAGGAGAGAAGCUUUAUUCUUGUUCAGAAUGUGAGAAAUGUUUUGCUGCUAAAGCAAAUCUUGUUAGACAUAAGCGGAGAAAUCACACAGGAGAGAUGCCAUAUUCAUGUUCAGUAUGUGGAAAGUGCUUCACAGAUAACUCUGGUCUUGUUAAACACGUGAGACGUCACAUGGGAGAGAAGCCAUUUUCAUGUUCAGAAUGUGGGAAAUGUUUUACAGAUAAAUCAAAUUUUAUUAGACAUCAGAGAAUUCACACAGGAGAGAAACCAUAUUCAUGUUCAGAAUGUGGGAAAUGUUUUAUUACUAAAGAACAACUUGGGAAUCAUCAAAAAAUUCACACAGGAGAGAAACCAUUUUCAUGUUCAGAAUGUGGAAAAUGUUUUAUUAUUAAAGCCAGACUUAGGGAACAUCAGCGAAUUCAUACAGGAGAGAAACCAUAUUCAUGUUCAGAAUGUGGGCUAGGUUUUAUUACUAAAGAACAACUUUCGAAUCAUCAGAGAAGUCACACAGGAGAGAAGCCAUUUUCAUGUUCAGAAUGUGGGAAAUGUUUUAUUACUAAAGGAAGACUUAGGGGUCAUCAGAGAAGUCACACAGGAGAGAAACCAUAUUCAUGUUCAGAAUGUGGGAAGCGUUUUACACAAAAAUCAGAUCUUGUUAUACACGAGAGAAUUCACACAGGAGAGAAACCAUAUUCAUGUUCAGAAUGUGGGAAAUGUUUUAUUACUAAAUUCAAACUUAGAGAUCAUCAGAGAAGUCACAAAGGGGAGGCGCCAUCUUGAUGUUCUAAAUGUAUAAAAUGUUUUACUAGGAAAUCAAGAUUUAAAAUUUAGCAGAGAAUCCGUGUACAGAUGAAACCAUAUUAUUGUAUGGAUUGUGGGACAGGCUGUAAAAGCAAAACAGAAUAAAAGAAAUGUACCAUAUUGGGUUAUUUAUAGAUAUUAAACAGUCAAUAAGAAGAUUUAUUUUUUUGGGUGGAAUUAGCAUGGAUCUCCAAGAUGACCAAAUUAUAUUUCUCUGAGGUCAACUGAGAGAAGCAUCCAUGGAGGAAAAGUAAUGUGUGUAUAAAGAAGAGGAGUCUCGUUUACCUCCAGAGCAGAGAAGAUGAAUUGUCCCCAUGAACCUUGCUUCUUAUCUCUGUAUUCA